UAACGUUUAAAAAGUUUUAUUAAAGAAGUAACAUCAGCAGUUCCAGGUAACUAGUACAGUGUAUGUUUGGAAUACUGGAUUACUGAAUAAAGUGGCCAAUUUACUGGGAUGGUUCAAAUGCUACUUCUAAUUUAGGUUGCUAGUUUAGCAUAGACAUGUUGAUAUUUAUUUAGGUAGUAAAUUGCUGGAGGUAGGGACUGACUUAGGAACUUAGGGGAGGUGCUCAGUGAAAUAUAAUUAACAAAUUUCCAAACUGAUGGAGAAGUGCUUUCCAGGUCUAGCUCCCUUUCAGCCAAGUCACCCAUGGCAGAGAGCAUGACACCCCUACUGCCCCACAGAUAAAGAACAGUUGAUCAAGGUGGGAUUCUGAGAGAGGUCUGGCUGCACCCACACUACCAUAGCCACUCUAUGCAUUGCCUAUAGCGUGGGUUACACCUGUGGAAUUUAGCCCCAUUCACGGCUGCCCACAAAGGGACCUAGCUCCCUUUGAGAGGGUCUCCAAACUGAGUGGCACUGCAAUGAGGCAUGCAAGGUCUUAGCGCCACUCAGGUUUGGCCUGGCAGCCCUUGUUUCAUAAUCGAGGGGCCAUUGGGCCAAACCUGAAUUGCACUGCCACCCCCACAGCCCCACAGAUAAAGAACAGUUGAUCAAGGUGGGAUUCUGAGAGAGGUCUGGCUGCACCCACACUACCAUAGCCACUCUAUGCAUUGCCUAUAGCGUGGGUUACACCUGUGGGAUUUAGCCCCAUUCACGGCCGCCCACAAAGGGACCUAGCUCCAUUGGAGAGGGUCUCCAAACUGAGUGGCACUACAAUGAGGCAUGCAAGGUCUUAGCGCCACUCAGGUUUGGCCUGGCAGCCCUUGUUUCAUAAUCGAGGGGCCAUUGGGCCAAACCUGAAUUGCACUGCUACCCCCACACAAGGUUACAAUGUCCAGAGUGGGGAGCCAAGCCCAGCCCUAUACCAGAGAAGCUGCUGCUGUGGGGGUGCAGGUGUAUGGCUCUCUCCAAUCUUGUCCCCCUGGGCCUCCCCUCCUGGUAAUCUUUCUGCAAGGGUGGAGAGGCCUCAGUUUCAGAUUUUCUCUGGCUCCCCAAACCUCCUGUGCGGCCCUGGGCCCAGGAGGGAGGUGUUGGCCCUGUGCAGCUGAGCCCCCCUGGCAGAGUAGUGGCCCCCCUGUGCAGCGCUGUGUUCCCCGGGGGCGGGGCUAUCGCCCCUCCCCCUGGCGGUGUGUGUUGGCAGGGAAGAGCCCCGAGGACGGUUCGGUGCCGGGGCGGGGCUGCCCCCAGCCCAGGUCUCUCUCUGCCCCGGAGGAGCGGUGGGCUCUGGGGGCCGAGGGCUGUGCAUUGCGGCUGUGGAGCCCUCUAGAGCAGCGCAGGGGGCGGUGCGGAGUGCGGGGCAGAGCCCGCCCCGGAGAAACCCGCCCUGAGCCAGGCCCCCCAGGAGCGCUCCUGGGGCCCCUCCGGCGCUGUGAGGCGGGGGCCCGGCAAGGCGUUAGCCCAGCCCUGCCUCUGGCCCGCGGCGCGCUCACCGCAGACCAGCCUUGGGCGGCUGCCACCUAGAGACUGGAGGGAGCAGAGGGAGGGAAGCAGCCGCCGCCGCCACCACCACCACCACCACCACCACCGGCCCGCUGCUCUCGGGAAGGCAGAGCCUCCCCUCAUUGGGGCUGCAGCCUGCGUGCGAGCCCGCCUGCACAGCGCAGCGCCCGGGCAGGAGCGGAGCCCGCUGCAGCGCGCCGCCCCUCUCCACCUCGCCGCAUUCUCGCCAGCAGCUCCCCCGGAUCCCGGCCAGAUGAUGAACUUUCUGCGGCGCAGGCUCUCGGACAGCAGCUUCAUCGCCAACCUGCCCAAUGGCUACAUGACCGACCUACAGCGGCCGGAGCCCCAGCAGCCGCCGCCUCCCUCUGCCUCCUCGGCGGCUCCUGCCGCCGCCUCCCCGGCCUUGGAGCGCAGGCAGCCGCCGCAGUCGGCACCACCCCAGCAGCAGCCGCAGCAGUCGGCGGGCAGCAGCUUCUUCAGCUCCCUCUCUAACGCCGUGAAGCAGACGGCAGCCUCGGCCGGCUUGGUGGACGCGGCGUCCGCCGCUUCCUCAGCUGCGGCCAAAAAGUUCAAGCUGCUGCUGGUCAUUGAUGAGCCGCAUACGGACUGGGUCAAGUGCUUUCGUGGGAAAAAGGUCCAUGGGGAAUAUGACAUCAAAGUUGAACAGGCACAAUUUUCAGAGAUCAACUUGAUAGCCCAUGCUGAGGGCAGUUAUGCCGUAGACAUCCAAGCAUUCCGUAAUGGCACCAAAGUUGUCAGGUCAUUCAGACCUGAUUUUGUUCUUGUUCGACAACAUUCAUUCAGUAUGGCUGAGAACGAAGACUUCCGUAACUUAAUCAUUGGAAUGCAUUAUGCUGGUAUCCCCAGUGUCAACUCCCUAGAGUCAAUCUAUAAUUUUUGUGACAAACCUUGGGUGUUUGCCCAGCUGGUGUCCAUCUCCAAAACUCUGGGUGUGGAGAAGUUCCCUCUAAUUGAACAAACAUUCUACCCAAAUCACAAGGAAAUGUUAACACUGCCAACGUUUCCUGUUGUCGUGAAGAUUGGACAUGCUCAUUCAGGCAUGGGAAAGGUGCAGGUUAAGGUAGACAACCACUACGAUUUUCAGGACAUAGCCAGUGUGGUAGCACUUACCCAAACCUACGCCACCACUGAACCCUUCAUAGACUCCAAAUACGACAUCAGGAUCCAAAAGAUAGGCAGUAACUACAAAGCAUACAUGAGGACUUCCAUAUCUGGAAACUGGAAGACAAACACUGGCUCUGCAAUGUUGGAACAAAUCGCUAUGUCAGACAGGUACAAGCUCUGGGUUGACACCUGUUCUGAAAUGUUUGGGGGUUUGGAUAUCUGUGCUGUCAAAGCUGUACAUGGCAAGGAUGGAAAGGAUUAUAUUUUUGAGGUUAUGGACUGUGCAAUGCCUUUGAUUGGUGAACAUCAGGUUGAAGAUAGGCAACUUAUAACUGAUCUUGUUGUAAGCAAAAUGAACCAAAUGUUGUCCAAAACACCUAUACCAUCUCCUCAGAGACCCACUGCCACUCAACAGCCUCAGAGUGGAUCACUUAAGGAACCAGAGCCAAACAAAAUCCCACCUCAGCGACCACCACCUCAAGGGGGCCCAGUACAACCCCAAGGAACGCAAUCACAAAGCCAGGAGCCAUUGCAACCACAGCGCAUGUUCCCCAUGGGGCAGUCAGCAAAGCCCUCAACUUCCCAGCCACAGCGUCCACCUGGCCCUACAACUCAACAACCACGUGCGCGGGGUCAAGGUAUUUCCAGCGCCGGGUUAUCAAUGGAAGUGGAGCCAGAGCCACAACCUGCUCCACAGCAGAAACCUCAGUCUCAUCCACAGCUUAACAAAUCACAGUCUUUGACAAAUGCCUUCAGUUUCACAGAAUCAUCCUUCUUUCGAUCAUCUGUGAACGAGGAUGAAGCAAAAGCUGAAACUAUCCGAAACUUGAGGAAGUCCUUUGCUAGCCUUUUUUCUGAUUAGCCAUUUGAAGAUCAGUUUCAUGCAGUUGCACAUGGCUUAUAGACUAGAACCUACAGUGAAUAUUAUUUAGUGUUUAUAUCCUUGUGACCCAUCCUCCAUUACUGUUCCAAGCAAUAUGUUAAUCUUUAAAAAGGUCUAUGAUGAGAUACAAUUCAGGUACACUGUAUAAAAAUCUAUAUAAUAUGAGAGGAAAAGCUAUAUUAGUAGUAGUACAAAAUGCUUCAUUUUAUGGUCCUUGUCAAUUGUAACAUUGUGGCCUUACUAUGACUGCACUAUAUUAUCCUAUUGGAUACUCCUCUGUGGAAUUGUUGUCAUAAAGCAUUGUGUUAUGGGUUUCCCCUUGUUUUUGCCAUCUCCAGUGCUUUGCAAUGCAUGUUUAUGUUAUGAGUGAAUGUUUUGUGCUGCAAGGAUACAGUCUUAACCUGACUUGUUCUUGCCUCAGAUUGUUAUGAGGCAAUUCACAUUAGUGUUUCCUGUUGUCAAGUCACUUUACUGUUGUGAAAAAUUAAAGCAGUUUUCUUCCUCCUUUGACAACCUUUCCGUCAACCAACUAUAGAGUUCUGAUAUAUUUGCUGAGCAUUAUCACUAGGCUAAAACAGUGAUGUCAUAAAUAGAGUAUGUGUAUGCACUAUUGUAUCUUUAUAUGUCUGCUGAACAUUUAUUUCCUAUUGUUAAUUUAAUAGUGAUCUCUGAGUUGUAAAGUAACAUGCAUGACCUAAUAAUGUUACCAAUAUUUUUUGUGUACCCCUUCUAAUAAAUGCAAAGCCCUGUGCUUGGUAAAGA